GAAUAUUUGAUGAAAUUAACCCCCAAAUGACACAAUUUAUCUAGUUUAAUUAGCAUCUCUGAUCAAUUUAAAGUGGAUCGAAGUAGGAGUAUUUGUGAAAUUGACAGGUUUUUGGCUUGGGAUUUCUCUGAUACUUGGGGUCAUCUUCUAUAUCUAUAGCAGAAAAAAAAAUGGAAAUGUCAAAAACUCUGGACGAGUUUAGAGUUGGGUCUGUACCCACUGUGUUCUACAUUCCAGACUUUAUUACUGAGUCGGAACACGACCACUUAUUGAAAACUGUAUACGAUGCGCCAAUUUCUAAAUGGAAAUCCUUGACAAACAGGAGAUUGCAAAACUGGGGAGGCGUUGUGCAUGAAAAAGGGCUUAUAGCUCAAGACUUGCCUCCUUGGUUAACUAGAAUUACAGAGAGAAUAAAUGAGAAAUCGGGGUUAUUUCCAUCAUCAAUUAAUCAUGUGCUUAUCAAUGAAUACCUUCCUAACCAAGGAAUAAUGCCGCAUCAAGACGGACCAGCUUAUUAUCCAGUAGUGGCAAUUCUUUCUCUUGGAUCUCCUGUAGUUAUUGAUUUCACUCCACAUCCUAAUUUGAGCUGCCCUGUUGGUGCACAUGGAAACAGUGCUGAGGACAAAAUUUCUGACCAGGAGGCUGCUGUGAUGAAUUCUUGUGAAUGGCUAGAUAACUUCCAUCCCUUUUCUAUCAUAUUAAUGCCUCGCAGUUUGUUGAUAUUCAAAGAUAUGGUGUACUCAGACUACUUGCAUGGCAUAAAAGAUUCUGAGGUGCACGGAUGUAACGGGGCUGUAAAUGUAACAAAUGUUCAGAAUCAUGGAGUAGUUCAGCACUCGUCAGGUUCAGUGAAAGGACUUGAUAGUGAUGACACUGUCAUUUGCAGGGCUAAUAGCAGAGUUUCUUUGACCUGUCGAGUAGUAACAAAGGUUUAUAAAAGUAUUUUUAAGUUCUAGUUUCAUACAUAAAAGAAACAAGUCAAUAGAUGCAAAACAGGGUGAGUAGAGAAUUGAGUCCAGGAGACUUAUACCCACCCCUGCAGUUUUGUAAUAUUUGUAUGAUUGAUGUACGACAGCUAUUGUACUGGAAAAACUCCAUGAUUUAACAAUUUAAACGUAGCAUAGCUAGAGUAAUCUAUUCCUUUUCUUAA